ACCCGUCUCCCGGGCGGUGAGUCUCGUGUUCCCCCGGCCGAGCGCCUCGCCCCGCCUCCCGGCCCGGCGGCCCUGGGCGAGGACAGCGCGGCCUCCCGCAGCACGUGGGUCAGCGGCCUCCGGGUUCGGCUCUGCCCCGCCCCGAGGGGGCCCCGUGGAUGCCGCCGAGAUGGGCAAGGUGCUGUCCAAGAUCUUCGGCAACAAGGAGAUGCGGAUCCUGAUGCUGGGGCUGGACGCGGCCGGUAAAACCACCAUCCUGUACAAACUGAAGCUGGGCCAGUCCGUCACCACCAUCCCCACCGUGGGCUUCAACGUGGAGACGGUGACUUACAAAAACGUCAAGUUCAACGUGUGGGAUGUCGGGGGCCAGGACAAGAUCCGCCCCCUGUGGCGGCACUACUACACGGGCACGCAGGGGUUAAUCUUCGUGGUGGAUUGCGCCGACCGCGACCGCAUCGACGAGGCCCGCCAGGAGCUGCACCGCAUCAUCAACGACCGGGAGAUGCGGGACGCCAUCAUCCUGAUCUUCGCCAACAAGCAGGACCUGCCCGAUGCUAUGAAACCCCAUGAAAUCCAGGAGAAACUGGGCCUCACCCGAAUCAGGGAUAGGAAUUGGUACGUGCAGCCCUCCUGUGCUACCACAGGGGAUGGACUCUAUGAAGGGCUGACAUGGUUAACGUCCAAUUAUAAAUCCUAAUGAUAACAAUAACUACUUAGUCUGCAGAUAAUUAAAAAAAAAUAGUCCGCCUGGUUUCCUAGAAGAAUGAUUCUCUACCGAAAAAGUAAAACCAAGCAUCCAUGGGAUUAUGAUCACUUCUUCUCCAGUUACCACCCUUUCCUUCUACACGCUGACUGGAUUCCUGUUUUAACUCUUCUUGCUUGGCGUUAGGAUGCUGUAACCUCCAAAUGUGACACGAACACAAGUACUAGAUGCUAUGGCAGACUUCCAGCAAACGGGGAAAGACACACUGUAGAUUUGCUAAGUAAUUUUUUUCCUCUCUUGAUUAGCCCUUAUUAUGGUUUGAUUCCUUUUUUUUUUUGCUGGGGGAAGGGGUAACCAUUUUCAAUGUAUGCUUUCUGGUUCUACUUUUUUGAAAUUUUUUUCUUUAUCACUUGCUGUAGUUUGCUUCUUUUUGCAUUCAUGCAGAAUAUGUUGCUAGGUCUGUUUCAUCAGUAAACUGAAAAUUAUUGCUUAAAAUCAAACUGCAGUCUGUCUUUUUAUAUUGAGGACUUCUUUUUAAAAAGUCCUUAAUCUGUAACUAAAUAGUAACUUUAAAUCUGUCUUUUCAUAUCUAAGACUAACAUGGUAAAUAAAACCUUGCCUACAGUGGUAGAUAGUGAGAAUACCAUUGUAAUAUGUUCAAAGUACAUAUCUGAGGUAAUGCAAGAACUGCAUUGAAAUGUCAGCUGUGAAGUUCUGAACCAUACAUCAUGCAUGAGUAGGGAUGCAAAUAAGUUCCCCAUAUUACAUAGCAACCAUAUAACGAAUAAAAUGUGAAUGAUGUAAUAGUUUCAAGUUAUACUCUAAUCACAGUUCCUAUGUCUUGCAUUGCAAAGUUAAUGAUGUUUAGCUGCAGUCUUAACUAGUUAUGUAUCAGUCUCCUCACGGUGCGGGAUAUCUUCUUUCCAGAAAGUGUAGCAGUAAUGUGUAAGCAUUACUGUUCAUUUUAUUUUAAAUAACUUACCAUUAGGCAAAAAUCAAGUCAUGUCUUGCCUCUCUUACAAUAUAGGAAAGAUGUAUUUGUUAAUCUUGAGACUUUUGGAGACAUUUCCUCUUCCAAAGUUUGAAAAUCUCAUGUUUUCUGAAAAGCAUGCAUCUUUAUCAGCUGCAAACCCCCCCCAUUUGUUUCCAUAUCAUAAUCAUUUGAAUAAGCAAGCUCAGUUCUAAACUUUAACAGAAAUUAAUCAUUUUAACAUUUGAGUAACUGGCGUUUGAAGAAGUCAUUUAUAUCACAACUUAGUUUUUGCAAGACCACAAUCUAACUCAUGAAAGUAGUUCUAAAUAUUUUUGUCCCUCUGUUUCAGUAACGUUACUAUAAUUCUUUAUGAAAGGAACUGUGUUGAAUGUCUGAAUUUAAAUCCAUUGAGUAAUUAGUAAUGAGGGUGGGGUGUAGAGAGUGAGCAUAUGACUAUGAAUGUAAACUUCCAUAUAUAGUUUUUUUUUUUUAAGGGCAAGCAGCUCGCUUGCCAUAAGUUUUCAGAUGUCUGACUGGCAAGUUAUGGCAAAAACAAACCAACCAAACCCACCCAGACUGAGAGUUCAAAUCAGUGUAUCGUUUCAAUCAAGUAUUAAUACUGGGUGCAAAAAAGUAAAGCAGCUGGGUUUUAUUCAGCCUUAAGGAUUAAUUUUAGAUUUCCUCAAGGAGUUAAACUCAACUGGGGAAUUCUAGGAAUGUAACUUUACAAAACUAGAAGAGGGG